AUGUACUCUGACAUGAGUGAGCCCAAAGCUGCGACGACGCCGCGGGAAAGUUUCUGCAGCAUUGCGAAGUCCUGUGCACCUUUGGAGCCCGACGUGGGGAGCGGUGACGACACUGCACUUUGCGUUUGCUCUUUAUAUUGCUGUUGUUGUUGUUGUUGUUGUUGUGGUGGUGGUGGUGGUGGUGGUGGCACCUCUGGCCGCUGUUGUGUUGAAAAUUGCGGGGCGGCCCUUUCGCUGUCGAAGUGUACCACCUCUGCCAAGCGGCGGGAUGAGUCCUCCAAGCCCUUCACGGCGCUCUGCAGGGAUGUGACGCCGGCCUCUGCUCUGCGGUCAAGACGACGGCUCCCCGAGUCCACAUCCUGCACGCUGUUGAGUCGGUUUGACAACUCCGUGAUGCGCGCCAUGACGUGCUCCAGCUGCUGCAGCACAACCACCGAGACUACGCCGCUGCCCGCGUCGCUCUGCCCCGCACUCCCGCUGGGUGACAGCGGUGCCAUUUGCUUAUCGCCGGAGCCUAGUGCUACACAAACCCGCUCCGGUACGGCCUCUACUAACUGCGUGAUUCGUUCAUUCUCUUCAUGA